AUGUCGUUGCCUCAACGAGCGACGAACGAGGGUACUCGACGCAAACACCUUCCGUUCGCCUCACUCUUUUGUCGAGAACCACGAGACAUCACCCUUCCUGCAAAACUUCAUCUCUCUUCAAAGUUCAUUGUCAGCCCGUCUGCAACAAUCGUCUGUCGACUCACGCCUCAUACAGUACCUCUGUUGAACCUGGCGUCGACAGCGGCAGCAACAACUCGCUCUUCUGAACAUCCCAUCAUCGUUACCACAACAAAUCAUCCAAAAAUGUCUGCCCACCCAUCUGCCAACCAAGAUCUCAUCAACGAGCGUCCCGGUACCUCAGUUGGCGACAGUAGCCCUGUCUCCACCGGCUCCUCGACCUCUCCCAACAUGGGACCCGUGUACCACUCACCUGAGAUGCAUCCUCCUCACUCACACGCCGACGUCGGGAAGCAGGCUCACGACGUGCAGGGCCAUUCCUCGCGUCGUCUCACCGACGAGUUCGAGCAGGCUCUGAGAGAUCGUGCUGCUGCCACCGGCAAGCAAGAGCACAUCGACGCUAUCGGCCUUGCCAUCCGCAGCGAUUUCGGUGGCCCCGAUGCUCCUCCUGCUCUCUACCCGGGCAGAAAGCAGAGCUUCAAGCUGAGCGAUCAGAAGAGGGCUGCCAUGGAGCACAUCUUCAACAAGGAACCCAAGGCUGGCUACACCACUUCCACUCCCAAGAACUAG